UGUAUGAGUGGGUGUGAUUGGGUGAAUGAGGCAUGUUGUAUAGAGCGCUUUGAGUACUCUGGGAGAGUAGAAAAGCGCUAUAUAAGAAUCAGACCAUUUACCACUACACACGGCACCAAACCGCAGCAGUCUCCUCUGGGCGCUUUAAACGUAGAGACUCGACAGCAAUUUAGUGCAACUGAUCUCAAAAUUGGGAAAAAGAAUCACAAACGUCAUGAUUUUUAGGAAAAAGUUCAUUUUAGCAUAAAGAUUUUUAAGAGCCCUGUGACAGACUGGCCAUCUGUCCAGGUGUGCAUCCUCUCACCUAUAACAGCUGAAAUAGGCUCCACCCCCCAUGACAGUGAAAUGGAUAAGCAGAAGAAAAUGGCUGGAACAUGUUUGUGCAGCUAAACUUGUUUUAUUCUUUUGGUUUUUGUUUUUUUUGUUUUUACACGUUUUCAUUUCCUUGUUAAUUUGAGGUGAGCAUCAUAGUAGCUCAAAACUAUCCUUGAACUCAGGAGAGAAUCCACAGGUGGAAAGAAAGGGCUCAGCCCUGGAAAUAAGCACAGCAGUUCUUCCACAGUUUACGGACUCUUCUAAGACCACAGUCCUGAUGUCACCUGGUUUGUCAUGGGCGAGGUGUUUUGACUGUUUAACAUUCUCACUGUCUACAUUAAACCAAAGCUGAGGAAACUGUAAGAAAUGAGCCAGAAUGUCUUUUUGCUGCAUGGAUGUCUCAGAGUCUAGGUCAGUCCGUAUGGCAGUAGAGACACACCCAAGGCCUACACCCACCGAACAGGAGUUCAGUAGUUUCCAUAAACCGAAGCUUGAUGUUGGUGUUAAGGCUGUACUGUGUUUGUGGGUCCUGUGACAGAAGCCUGAAAUCACUCUGCAGGCAUCGGUGUCACCGUCUGUUUGUAAAAAUAUAGAUCUUUAUAGAUCUUUUUUAUCUUUAUAGAUCUUUUUUAUAGAAAAUAUAGAUCUUUUUUUAAAAGAUUUGCCUUAAAAAGACUGUUGCAUAUGCUUUAUAUCAGGCAGAAAAGACACAGACACACACAUCAAUGCAAGGUGUUAAUUAUGUAUUAGACCUUAUAUUGUUUGUAAUUAAGAUUUAUGUUAAAAUUAUCUUUAAUUUUCUAGAAACGGUCAAUUCAGUCACAUGAGCAUGCACUUUGGUGACAGUGGGAAGGAAAAACCUCCACAGAACCAGGUUCAGAGAGGAGCGUCCACAUGCUGCGACCAGGUGGGGUGGGCGGAGGAAGACAAAGGCCAUGAAAUACAUGAAUCUGAGUAAAAGAUCUGAAUAUUUUUCAAGAGCUCAGCAGCUCUGGAGGAACACAGCAUGGCAGGUAGCUACACCUGUAUCUACACUGGGUAUCUACACCAGUAUUUACACCAGUAACUGUUGCAGAGCCUGAUCGAAACUGCCCGGGUUACCCCAAAAACUCACUGGUGCCCGAUAUUGAGCUCAGAGUAAAGCACAGGAGCAAUAAGUGGGAGCUGAGAAAGAUCCCACUCACAGGUGUGUUUCCACUCAGCACAACGUGGACAGCAGCAGGGAGAGAGAGCGGUGGAGUGUAACACAUGACUCAUGUUGGAUAAAUGAGGUCCUUAUAUACAAACAUUCUUCUCAAUCUCUGACAUUCGCUCAGGCUGGACCUGGAUAUCACAAAGGUUUCAUCGCUAUGGUAACAAUGCUCUGCUUCUUCUGUGUUGGCCCUCAUAUUCACACUUCCUUAAACCUCAGCAGCAGCAGCAGGGGUCAAAGGUCAGAGUACUGUUCAUCAACAGUACCACGCUUACUGUCAACACUGAGGUUACUGCAGUACUUCAGUCUGUGUCAUCAUGUGGCUUCAAUCUGCCUGCUGAUUGGUUUAUUGGUGGCAACAUUCUGCAGCAUGUGGCUAAUUAAUAACCUAACGCUUCAUGUGAUGUCAUGUGAGGAUGAAACGGCUGUGUGUGUGUGUUUGUCUGUGUGUAAGUGUGUGUGUGUGUGUGUCCUUCCUCCACAGCACCAGGAGCACUGAAACCCAGCAGGACUCUGGUUCUGGUUCUGGUUAGGUGGCAGUCUGUUUCAGCGUCCUUAUCUCCAGUGAACCAAAUGUGAUACUGAACCUCAACUUGAACCUGAACCUGAGGUGCUAUCCAGGUGACUCCUCCCACCUGUACAGGUUAUCUCGAGGCCACGCCUUCUUCUCUUCCACAGGUAACAAGUCCCUCAUCUCAGCCUGUGUCACAGGAAAAUACCGUACCGUCAGUUGAACAGAAGCUUGUAUUUGUGGUGACAUCACAGACGUUCUGCAUCAGGCUCCUCCCACUGGUGACAUCUCAGCUGUGUGGAUAUAAAGAGCGAUGAGUGGCAGAGGGACCUGCGCGUCAUGUGGUGUCGAGGUUUCCUGCAGCAGACGGUCAGACAUGUUUCCAGCAGGCAGGCGGGCGUCAUCUUUGAUGUGGAUGGCGUCCUGGUGCGCGGGGCAACCGUGAUCCCAGCUGCUCGGCGAGCUUUCAGGAAGCUCCUGGACAGAAACAACAACUUCCUAUUUCCCACUGUCUUCGUCACCAAUGCAGGAAGCUGCCAGAGACACCACAAAGCCCAGCAGCUGUCUCACCUGCUGGACGUCCAGAUCACACCGGAGCAGGUGGUCCUUUCCCACAGUCCUUUGCAGAUGAUGACGAGUUUCCACGAUAAAUGCGUCCUGGUGUCUGGACAGGGGCCGGUGACACACAUCGCUAACACUUUGGGUUUUCAGAAGGUGGUGACCAUGGAGCAGCUCUCAGAACACCACCCCCUGCUGGACAUGGUGGACCACAGCAGGAAACCCACACUUCCUUCAUCUCCACCACAGAGUCUCCCCCAGAUACAAGCGAUCAUCCUGUUUGGGGAGCCAGUCAGAUGGGAGACCAAUUUGCAGCUGCUGAUUGAUGUGCUUCUGACCAAUGGCAGGCCAGAGUGUGGGUACGACACCCAGCUUUCAGCACAGCUGCCGGUCUUAGCCUGCAACACGGACUUGCUGUGGAUGGCCGAGGCCCCAUCACCACGGUUUGGCCAUGGGAUGUUCUUACUGUGUCUGGAGUCAGUCUACAGGAAUCUGACGGGCCGGGAGCUGGAGUACAAGACACUGCUGGGAAAACCCAGUCUGGUCACGUACCAGUACGCCGAACAGGUGUUACGGCAGCAGAACUGCAACCGCAGGCUGAACACCAUCUAUGCCGUGGGUGACAACCUAAUGACCGACAUCUAUGGUGCUAACUUGUACAACCGUUACCUGGCUCAGCAGCAUGCUGCUGUGACAACCACCACCAGGCUGGUUGCCCGGGGAAUGGGAAGUGAGGUGAUGGCAGAGGAGGAGCCGAUGUCUGCAAUUCAGUGCCACUCUAUCCUGGUAUGCACAGGUCUCUACAAUCCCAGUUUCCCACUGCCAAGUGACCAGAAUAGCAGCAUCAUGGAGACGGUGUUUCACGGUCACAGAGACCUGGUACCGGAACCCGACCUGAUGGAGCCGAGUCACAUGGUGGAGGACGUGGAGGCUGCUGUGGACCUACUGCUGCAGCAGGAGGGCUCUGACCUCUGACCUUCACAAUGAGAAACCUGCUCCUGGUUCUCAUCAAUAUACUCCUCUGCCUUUAAUCAGAGCUGGUGAUAAAUUAGAUUGCCUGGAGGGACACACUCUCUCCUACUCUGAUUGGUUGUUUUGCUGUCAGGUGAUGCUCUGAUGUUGGAAAAAGUCCUGCAGCAGCUGAUCAUCAGUGUGUUGAAUAAAGUUUAGAAAUCUGUGA